AUGGCCUCGAAUAUUGGAUUAUCAAAAGUCUUUAUUCUGGAUAAAUAUUUUAAAGAACUACAAAAGUUUUGGCAAACUGAAAAAAUGUUACAAGAUGCUUCUUCAUCGAACGAAGCUGUUCAUCUCCAACAACGUUUGAAAAGUUUAAGCACAGAAUUAGUUACUCUUCGCAAUCGAUUACAUGUUACUGGAUCAACAACGGCUAAUGGAAAUGCUAAUAAUCCAAUUAUAAAUUGCACAAAUUUCCCACAUCCUAAUUUGAAUCUACUGACUGGAAAGAAUAUGCAGGGAACAACAACGACAACGACAGCAGCUACAUUACAACACAACAUAAACAUUUCAAAUAUGAAUAAUAGCAAUGCAAUAUGCACAAACAGCAACAACAAUAAUAAUAAUAAUAGCAGCACAACUAACAAUAAUACUAAUAAUAAUAAUACAACAACAACAACGGCAACAACCAAUAAUAAUAAUAAUACAACAAAUAAUAACAAUAGCACUACCAACAACAGUAUGAAAGGUUCAAUACCAUUAAACAACAACAUUCAUUCGCGACGUUUAAAUAAUAAUCAGCAAUAUAAUAACAACAACGCCGAUCACGUUGUUACAACGAGGAAUAUUUCCAUACCUUUACCACUUCCCAAGAAUCAUGAGGAACAAACACAAUUGAUUAAUACUCCACAAUCGCCCGUGAAAGAAGAAAUUCGGAAUAGCAAUUGUAUGUCGAACACGUUUAAGAGUGGCAAUCCCAAUAUGAAGAUAAGUGAGAUGGAAGAUUUGAUUUACUUGACUGGUCCAUUGACGGAAGAUGCUGUAAUGAAAAGUUUACAGGCUCGAUUUAACGAGAAGAAAUUUUUUACAAAUAUCGGGCCAAUAUUGCUCUCAAUCAACCCAUAUCAUGAUGUCGGAAAUCCAUUGACAUUAUCAUCAACACGUUCAAUUCCCAUGGCACCGCAACUCGUUAGAAUCGUACAAGAAGCUGUACGACAGCAAACAGAAACAGGAUAUCCGCAGGCUAUCAUCUUGUCUGGCACAUCUGGUUCCGGAAAAACACAUUGUUCAAUGUUGUUGCUCCGACAGUUAUUUGCUGUUGCUGGUGGAGGUCCUGAGACUGAUGCUUUUAAACACUUGGCUGCUGCUUUUACUGUAUUACGAUCGCUUGGUUCUGCGGCGACAGCAACAAACUCUGAAUCGAGUAGAAUUGGACAAUUCAUUGAAGUUCAAGUAACGGACGGUGCUUUAUAUCGAACAAAAAUCCAUUGCUAUUUUUUGGAUCAAACACGUGUCAUACGACCCUUGCCAAACGAAAAGAAUUAUCACAUUUUUUAUCAAAUGCUCUCUGGCUUAAGUGACGAGGAACGUACUAGAUUAUGUCUCACAGAUUAUCAGGCAAAAGAUUUAAAUUAUUUACAAAUAGGAGAUACAAGACAGGAUGAACAGGAAGAUGCAGCAAGGUUUCAAGCAUGGAAAGCUUGUCUGGGGAUUUUAGGUAUUCCAUUUUUAGAUGUUGUUCGUGUAUUAUCGGCAGUUUUAUUAUUAGGAAAUGUGAAAUUCGUUGAUAACCAGCGCUCUGAGGUUGAAACAAAUAAUGAAUCAGAAUUAAAUUCGGUAGCUAAUCUGCUCGGUGUUUCGUCGCAAUCAUUAUUUAGAGGAUUAACAACACGUACACACAACACACGAGGACAAUUAAUCAAAUCUGUUUGCGAUGCAAACAUGUCAAACAUAGCAAGAGAUUCAUUAGCGAAAGCUCUUUAUUGUCGAACUGUUGCUACAAUUGUAAGGCGGGCAAACAGUUUGAAAAGAUUGGGCUCGGGGACUUUAAGUUCCGAUUCAAACGAGUCCGUACACAAUCAGGCAGAGGUAAAUAGUCAACAUGCGUCAACGGUUGGUGGACAUUCAGCGAAAUCAAUGAAUCAAAUGGCAGUAUUAAAUAACGUUGUUCGUCAUGCAACAGACGGUUUUAUUGGUAUCCUCGAUAUGUUUGGAUUCGAAGAGCCAAAGCUUGCACAACUCGAACACUUGUGUAUAAAUUUAUGUGCAGAAACAAUGCAGCAUUUUUACAAUACUCAUAUAUUCAAAAGUUCAGUAGAAUCAUGCAGGGACGAAGGUAUUAUAUGUGACAGUGAAAUUGACUAUGUUGAUAACGUACCUUGCAUUGAUUUAAUAUCAUCACUACGUACUGGUUUGUUAAGUCUUCUGGAUUCCGAAUGCUCCAUUCGUGGAACUGCUGAGAGUUAUGUUGCUAAAAUUAAAGUUCAACACCGCAAUUCACCUAGACUUGAACAACGACAUAUAGAUUUAGAUUCACGAAUGUUUAUCAUUCGCCAUUUCUAUGGCCAAGUAAUUUAUGAUGCCAGUGACUUCCUUGAUACUAAUAGAGAUAUAAUAAGUGACGACUUAGUUUCUGUAUUUUAUAAGCACAAUUGUCAAUUUGGAUUUGCUACGCAUUUAUUUGGGGCUGAAUUGCGUGCAUUAUAUUCACACGAAAAUGUGCCUCGCGGGACAUGGUUUAGAAUCGCUCCGACAUCCCAUACUGAUUUAUUAAAUGGGGAUGAACCAGUUUCGACAUUAACUCAAGACUUUCAUACACGCCUAGAUAAUCUUUUAAGGACUCUUGUCAUGAGUCGACCGCAUUUUGUACGUUGUAUACGAAGUAAUUCGAAUGAGCUUCCAAAUUUCUUUGAACGUAAUACAGCCGUACGACAAAUCCGUGCCUUACAGAUUUUGGAAACUGUUAAUUUAAUGGCAAGUGGAUUCCCACAUCGUAUGAGAUUUAAGCAAUUCAUAAGUCGCUAUAAAAUGUUAGUUUCAUCUCGAAUGUUGAGACGUUGUGAGGAUAAGGCAAUUGAGGAUUGCAAAUUGCUUUUAAAUUGUGCCAUGGAGCAUCCAUUUGAAUUAGAUGUAUCGGUCGUACUCUCAUGGGCUCCCGGGAAACGUCACAUCUUCCUUAGUGAAGGAAUGAGACAACAUUUAGAGAAUCUACGCAAUCACAUCAGGAACAGAAGUGCUAUUUUAAUACAAUCUGUUUGGCGUGGAUGGCAACUUCGUAGAUUGAAUACAAUGAAACGAAUGAAAAAGGAUUUACUAAUGUCAUCAAAUACAAUGAUGUCAAACUCUACCAUAUCUCGAGCACAAAUUAAUCCAUCUAUUCGACCACGUCCACAACCAAUUACUGGUACUCCUGAUUUAGAGUCUGAUUUGACAAAGGGAAGGACGCCGGAUAAGUACGACAUAAAAACAAUCCAUCAAACAUUAUUCGGUCUCGACCUGGAGUCACCACCGAUGGUUCCCCCACCUCGUCCAUACACAGUCUCUGGAAAUUCAAAAUUAAAAUAUCCUCAAUUACGAAUCAUGAAAAUGAAUUUUCCUGAAAAUAUGCAAGCAAGUAAUGGUGAACAAUUGAAGAAGGGAGAAGUUGUUACGGUUAAAGGCGCAUCUCAGAGACGUGGGCAUUUACUUGUCGAAAGCAAUGGUGUUGUAUUGAACGUUCCUUUUCAAUUCUUAGAGCUUGUAAAGUCCCACACGAGUCCAGCUCUCAUUAAAUCGCAACAAGUUAAUGUUUAA